GGGAUAAUGCCCAAAGGGCGCUCCAUAAAAAUGUUGUCAAAUGUCGGCGCGGCGGCCGAAGAAGCGGACCUCAGCUGCAGCUCUCUGCUGUUAAAAAUAUUAAAUUCAGAAAAUGGACGAGGAACCAGAAAAGGCAUACACUUGGGAGGGAGACUAUGAGCGUACAUGGGAAGCUAUCAAAGAAGAUGAGCAAGGGUCACUGCAAAGCACAGUUGAUGACAUCAUUCACAGGGCUAAGCGCAGACGUUUACUUGAUCGACCUGUUAAUGUUCGUCUGGGGAUGAUGCGGCAUCUGUACAUUGUCUUGGAUAUGUCUAAAUCAAUGGAGAUGAAGGAUCUAAAACCUACCCGACUCCACAGCACAAUCAAGCUUCUUGAAAGUUUCAUUGAAGAAUAUUUCGAUCAGAAUCCAAUCAGUCAGCUUGGGAUGUUGACAACCAGUAACAUGCGAGCGGAAAAAUUGACUGAGCUUGGUGGAAAUCCGCGACGACACAUCAACUCACUCAGAAAAUGCAUAGACAAAGUGUGCCUUAAGGAACCAUCUAUACAAAACUCAUUAGAACUGGCAUUAAAUUCACUCAGAAACUUAGACAAGCAUGCCGUUCAAACCAGUGCCAAUAUUAUGACUGUAGGUUGCGGCGCUAUUCAAAUGAUGAAGGUCAUGAAGGCCAAUAAUAUACGAUGCUCUGUGAUUGGUUUAGCAGCUGAGGUCAGAAUCUGCAAAAAACUCUGUAACAUAACAAAUGGAACUUAUGGAGUCAUUCUUGAUGAGAUUCAUUUUAAAGAAUUAUUGAUGGAACAUACCCUUCCCCCACCUGCUACGGUUAAUUCAGAAUCUUCAUUGAUAAAAAUGGGUUUUCCCAAGCAUCAAAUUCACACAGACAAGCCAGCAAUUUGUGUAUGUCAUCUUGAUUCAAAAAGCUCUGAAGGAUUCAGUUUAGGUGGCUAUUUCUGCCCCCAAUGUCAUAGCAAGUACUGUGAGCUACCAGUUGAAUGUAAAUGUUGUGGUUUGACAUUGGUAUCAGCACCUCACCUAGCCAGGUCUUUCCAUCACCUAUUCCCUCUGGAUGAAUUUACAGAAAUAGCAAUAGAUACUGUUAAGGAGUCUUACAGUUCUUGCUGCAAAUCUUGUCAAGGGAGCUUAGAGGGUCAAGCUGCAUACAUAUGUCCAAGAUGUGCUAAAGUGUUCUGUCUUGACUGUGAGGUGUUCAUUCAGGAAGCUCUACAUUCGUGUCCUGGAUGUGCAAGUACUAGGCGAAAACAGAAACUAAACCAGUUGAUUUGAUAGGAAAAUCAAACUAAACCAGUUGGUGGGAUAGGAAAAUCAAACUAAACCAGUUGAUGGGAUAGGGAAAUCAAACUAAACCAGUUGAUGGGAUAGGGGAGUCAAACUAAACCACUUGAUGGGAUGGGGAAAUUAAACUAAACCAGUUGAUGGGGGUUGUGAUAUCAUGCUAGGGCCCCUUGGAAGAGCAGUGGUAUUACGAAGAGGGCUACCCUACUAAAAGAAAACGAAAUAAAUAAAUAAAUAAACCUGCUUGAUGAGAUUGAACAAUAAUGCUUAACUGGUUGAUGUGAUUAGACAUUAAUGGUAAACUGAAUGAUGGGAUAGGACAAUAAUGGUAGUAAACUGAUUGAUGAGGUAGAAUAAUUAUAUGCUAAGCCAGUUGAUGGGAUAGGACAAUUGUUGGAUCAUAUGCUAAACUGGUUGAUGGGAUAGGACAAUCAUUCUAAACCAGUUGAUGGGUAGAACAAUUUAAUGGUAAACUGAUUGAUGGGAGAAAACAGUAAUGCUGAACUGGUUGAUGGGUAGGACAAUCAUGCUAAACUGGUCUAUGGGAGGACAAUCAUAUGCUAAACCAGUUGAUGGGUAGAACAAUUUAAUGGUAAACUGAUUGAUGGGAGAAAACUGUAAUGCUGAACUGGUUGAUGGGUAGGACAAUCAUGCUAAACUGGUUGAUGGGAUGGGACAGUAAUGCUAAACUGGUUGAUGGGUAGGAUAGUCAUACUAAACUUGUUGAUGGGAUGGGAAA